ACAGUUUCUGUACAGGCGCUUCCUGUCGGGGAGUGCUCGCUAGCUUGUGGAGCAGUUUUGGUCAUGUUUCGGAGUGUUUUGGGUAGAUUGGUGACAGAAACAGUUCGUGUUCACCGCCAUGGGAAGACCGGUCCCUUAAACCAGAGGGUGACAGCCGCCUCGGUGUCGGUCAGGAGCCUCUCAGGCGUGAAGGACGAAGCGCAGCAGCCUUUUGACACCUCCCUGCUUGAGUUCCUGGUAUGCCCGCUGUCCAAGAAGCCACUGAGAUACGAGGCUAAAACCAAUGAGCUGAUCAAUGAGGAGCUCGGUAUCGCCUAUCCCAUCAUUGGUGGCAUCCCAAACAUGAUCCCUCAGGAAGCCAGGCUCAUCCAGAAAGACACCAAUAUCUCGACCACACCAGUGCAAGGGUAG